UGAUGGCUGUCAAUGGGAUAUUUUUAGGCUUCCUACAUUUAAUAUUUUCGUUGACACAGCUUGUGUUCCAUAUGUAUGUAUAUUUUGAUAUCCAAUGUCAUAAAUGAUCCCAUUGCAUGAUAAAAUCUUAAAUUCGAGAAACUGAGGAACUCUCACGCAGAGGCAGCAGUACUCCCAGUAUUACUAGUAUUAUCCGUCAAUAACAGGAGUGAAGAUAAGUGUUUGAUUACAUAUAUUUUGAUUUUACAUUCGGUCAGGUAAACAAAAUAAUUCCCUCUUCAAAGCUAAUUCGAUAUUGAUCAAAUUAUGAUAAAAUGCCUUGAUUAUCAUAUAGUGAUUCGAUGAUUUAGACACAUCCUCCUUUCUAAACUAAUUUGUAGAAAUGACGAAAUACCUGUUGGUGAUUCUUGGUGUCUUCAUUUGCUUUGAGCAAGGAUUUGUGAGAGGGACCUGUUUGGAUUUCUGCGAUUCUGCUCGCAGCGGUAGAGGGACAAAAAAUUGUUACAUCAAAACCACAUGUAUUGGGUAUACAACCAGACGCUGUGGAUUUCUUUGGGGAAAGACGUGUACAACAGGAAGCUACACAAGGUACUUGUCCAAAAAAUCGUGCUGUCCUAUUUCUUGUAAAGUAAAUGGACAUUGGGGGAGCUGGAGUAGUUGGUCAUCGUACCAAUGUUCAGCAACGUGCGGUGCAGGAACACGGACAUACAAACGACGUCGAAAUUGCAACGACCCCACUCCUAAGAAUGGUGGCAAUAGUUGUCAUGGAUCUGCUGAAGAGUCUCUCCAUAAAUAUUGUUUAUUAAAUUAUUGUAGAGUAAAUGGCGGCUGGUCAAGCUGGGAAUCCUGGAGUUCAGUAAGUUCGUGUUCAGUCACGUGUGGAAAAGGUAUCAUGAAACAUACCAGAAAAAGAUUCUGCAACAAUCCCAGACCAAAAUAUGGAGGAACACAAUGUAGCGGGAUGGCAAAAGAGGGGACAACUAAGGAAUGUUAUGCUGGAAGACAUUGUCCAGUUGAUGGAAGCUGGGGAAAUUGGACUGAGUGGAUACCUAAAAGUCCGUGUUCUGUUACUUGUGGACUGGGUAUACAGGUAGUACAAAAGAAACGAAUGUGUGAUCAUCCUAAACCAACCUAUGGUGGAAAAGACUGCAUAGGAGAACCAGAAAAGAAGAUGGAAAAAGCAUGUUCCAUUGGCACCGCGUGCCCGGAAAAAGGUUCUAUAAAAUGCAUGGCAAAACAAUGUAGCGAGUAUGGUAGAUGUGGGUGUUCAUUUGGUUUCUAUGGAGAUGGAUUUACAUGUACAGGAAGUCGCGGAAAACAAUUUCUAGUACUAUUUAUGGAAAAUGCAAUAGACUAUUUUUCAAUUAAAGACCAUUUCUCGAAAUUGUACAUUGCCUCACGAAGCAACUCCAUUAUAUCAUUAAAAACGUCUUCAUCCCUACCCACAAAAAUGAAGAAUAAAUUAUCUAAGUCGUUUCGAGUAAAAAGGAGUCAAGCUGAUAUCAAAAUACCGGUCCAUAUGCGAGCAGUAGAUAUGAAAACAGAGAAGAAAGGAAUACUGGUAGAAACAUCUGAGACUACUUCUCUAUUUGCUGUGAAUCACGACGGGUGGUCCUCCGACAGCACCUUGAUCUUGCCGGUCGAAAGACUAGGUCGUCGAUAUAUCGUAGGGUCCUCGGCUCCAUUCAACUCUCGCUCCUCUGAUUAUAAUAGUCAAGUUGGUUUUGUUGCUGCAGAAGAUGGCACAACAGUAACAAUGACACUCAAUAUAGCAGGAGGACACGAACUUCGGUUCAAAAAUAAAACUUAUAAAAGUGGUCAAACAAUGCAAUUUCAUCUGGAAAAAUAUGAAGACUUUCAAUUGUCUGAUAGCCAUGACCUCACUGGUACGCUAAUUGAAUCAUCAAAACCGAUUGCUGUUUUUGCUGGGAAUAAAUGUAAUAAACUGAAUAGAUUUGGAUAUUGUAGUCAUCUUGUGGAACAACUUCCACCCACGAACAAUCUAGACAAAACCUUUAUAGUACCCCCAAGCCUUCUUAGAACUGGAGGUUUGAUUCGAGUCGUUGCUGUAUCAAAAACAAAUAUUGAGUAUCAAAUUGACGGAGCGAAAACAAAGAAAACAUUGGAAAAUUCACAGUAUUGUGAUAUUGAAGUGAAAGAUAAAAGCAUUACAUACAUAAAGGCUGACAAACCUGUUCUAGUCCUGAGUUUUGCUGUUCGGAUAGGAAGGCGAGGAGGAGGCGAUCCUUACAUGACAUUGGUUCCGGGACUACAACAAUACAUUCAUCAAUACCACGUAGCGAUCCCAAGAGGGUUUAAAACCAAUUAUAUGACGAUCAUGAUUUCAUCAAAAUCGAAAACGUAUCUACGAUUGAACAUGAAAAAAGUUUCCCCAAAUUCCAUUCUGUCAGACAAGUGUUUAACUAUCGACGAAGGGAAAUAUUGCACGAUGAUUAUUAAAGUAGGUGGAGGUGCACAUCAGGUAGAGACGACGGAUGGUACGCGGUUUGGACUACUGAUUCAUGGACAAGAUCAAGGUGAUGGCUACGGAUACGCAGCAAACGUAGUUAGUCCCGGCAUUGUCUGAUGAAAAAACGAACUCAUGAGAAGAGUAAUAUGUGGUGGUAGCUUUCCAAAUAAACAUACAUGUAUUUG